AUGGCCAGCUCCACCGAGGUCGCCGUACUUUUCGUCAUCCUUGUUUCUCUGCAGGUGUCGUGCGCCGUUUCCCGGCAACACAGUCCAGGGACGUUUCUUGUCAACAUCCCGGCGACGAUGACGGUGAACGGCUUCCAGGAGGGCGAGGGGGGCGGCGGGCCGGCGGCGUGCGACGGCCAGUACCACAGCGACGAGGAAUUCAUAGUUUCGCUGUCCUCUGAGUGGUUCGACGGCGGGGCCAGGUGCGGCAAGCUGAUCCGCAUCCAGGACUCAUCCAACCUUCACAUCAGCGCCACGGUCGUGGACGAGUGCGGCGACUGCGACGGCGAGGUGGGUGCGUCCGCCCACAUCUGGCGUAACUUCCGGCUCGACCCAAGCCUCGGCGACCGGUGCAACCUACACAAAUAA